UACACCGACUGUAAUGGAUGUUUUUAAAUCCCCCACUCAACUCUCUAAAUCAGAAAAGUACGCCUGAGAUUUUCGUCUAUCAUUCUUGUUAUUAUCUAAAGCGAAAAAGGUUUAGUGUAAAUGUUAUUAGUAUUCUCUGUCGACACAAACCUGAAGGCAGACCUGACCAGUAAACAGCGAGGGAUGUGAUAGUCACCGGAUCGUGAAUCAGACACCAAAUGGUACAAAUUGAACACAAUCAUGAACAACGUCACCGGAGCAGAAGGACGCGAGAUGUAGACUCCAUCGAAAUCACGGAUAUAUAUGAUGAUGUGAACUAACGAGCGAAAAAGAUAUUUACAUUAUAGUAAGCAUAAUUGGGAAUAGGUGUUUCAGACAAGUGCAUGGACAUGGUUUAUAGUGACCAUCACUAAGAAUCCAGGACCUCCAGUAGCAGCAGGGUACCUGUCCAGGAGUGGGGUUGAGAAGUGCACUAGCAACAAGGAUAGAUUGUUUGGACUCAUUCAUCGUACCGCACAUUGAUACCUAAAAUAUGGCGACAAUGGAGGGAGAACAAUACGAUACAGACCUUGACCGGGAAGACAGUGAUCUAUCCAUUAUGGCCGACGUGAAGUUACCUCCCUUGCCCUCAUCCCCAUCAAAAACAUUUUCACGUAAACAAACAGCAUUGUCAAUGGCAUCACCGAACAGUAAAGACGGCGAUAAGGACGAUUUUGUAGCAGCCACGCCUAAGCCGGAAGCUCCUAGUCCUCGCCUGGAAUCCCGGAACCUCUCUCGGGCGUCCUUCAGAGCUCCACACAGAAAGAGGAAAACAAAGUUUACAUUUGAAAAUAAAACAACUUUUGAUCCCGAUGAACCGUUCGAUUUUGACGAAGAUGAUGAAGCAGAUACCCCGAAAACGGAGAGAUAUGCUACACAGAUCGAACAAUCUCGGGCACUUUACCGGAAGUCGUGUAAACGAGUGGGGUUGAUUCCUAUCAAAAAAGUCCUACAGCAGUUUGGCCAGGCGGUCUUCUCUAUAGAGGAUCUUCAGUUGUCGGCACGUGAGCUCAAAAUGAUUUUCGUCAGUAUUGCGAACAGCGUCGAUAUAUUGGAACUCGAUCUGUCCGGAAACAAACUCGGAGUGAGAGAGGUCAACUACGUGUGUCAGAUAAUGAAAGCAAACAAGCAUCUAAGUGUCUUAAUAAUGAGAAAAUGCAACCUUCAUGGUCCACCGAUGAAGAAUCUGGCCGAAUUUCUGUCAAAGACAAAUACAUUAAGGAAAUUGGAUAUUGGAGACAAUGACUUAGAUGAUAACGACGCCCCGCACGUUGCAAAAAUAAUCGAGAAAAACGAGAGUAUUGGUGAUAUGAUUCUAUCACAAAACAAGUUUGGAGAGAGCGCCAUCUUGAUCGGGCAUGCAAUAAAAGAAAACGAGAUUAUGCUCAGUCUCGAUCUGAGUUGGAACCACAUACGAGGAUACGGUGCAAUAGGAGUUGCUCAGGGACUGGAGAAAAACGUGAAGUUGACGACGGUUAACUUAGCAUGGAAUGGUUUUGGUUUCGAGGGUUGUAUUGCCAUAUCUCGUGUGCUAGAGAACAACUCAAGUUUGAUGAGCAUUGAUCUGGCGAAUAAUCGUGUACACCCACCCGCUUUGUUUGAACUCAUAAAAGGACUGGAGAAAAACAAGACACUGGCAUCCUUAAGGUUAGCACACAAUCCCAUUACCGCACCAAUGACGUCAAUUUUACUCAAUCGAAUACAGUAUGCCAAGGAGAGCAACCUGAAAGAACUGGAUAUCGAGGGAGUGGUUGUCGACAAAGACUUCCAGCCAAUACUCGAGGAAAUCCAGAAGAGCAGGAUGUUUAUAGUACGGUACGACAUGGCACUACCUCUAAACAAGGCCAAGGUCUUCAAGGCAGACCCUAAAAACAUUUUCAACAUUGACCCAGUCAGGAUUUUGUUCUUCAUGAAGGAACACCUUCGUACCAUCGACCUUUUCCUGAAGAUAGACAAGGACUCAGAUAAUUCACUGACAAGAGAGGAGAUGCAAUUUGCUUUUGAGUUGGAAGGCUACCCCAUCAGUAGUGCGGCGUUAGACUCUGUGAUGGGUUACCUAGACACUAACAAGGACGGCACUGUAGAUCUGCUUCUUCAACAGAUGGCUGCUGCAGUGUCGAGCCCUAGUUAACUAAAUGUACAGUAGUAAAUCUGGAGAGUUUAUUGAAGGUGAACGUAGACUAAAACGAAAGAUCAUCAAGGAACGAGAAGAAGCUCGAGCUGAUGCCCUCCGCGAUCCUAAUACAAAAAUCAAAGGGGACAAAAAACAGUUUUCACAAGCAUUUGGAACCCCUAAAGAGGUACGGAGUCCCCUUCUAAAGAAGGCUGGAUGACGUGCACUAGCGGAUAAUAAAUUUAAGAGAAAGUUGUAAUUAAUACGUAAUAUUACUAGUGCUAUAUGGAUAUCUCUGAACGUUUAUCUUCACUGAUGUGAUUAUCAGACACAUGAAGAAGUUAUUCAAGACUAAGAUUUAUAAUAAUUAAUCAGAUAUAAUGUAAAUAAUACAGUUUCAAAAUAUUAUCAUUGUCAACCUGUCUGGUUUGCUAUAAAAAUAAAUAUACAUUUUGUCAGUUUA